UAUUUAUAUAUAUAAAUGCAAAGAGAGAGAGAAAGAGAUAAACUCUGUUCUCAACAAGGAAGAACACAGCUCAAUCUCAAUCUGAUAGCUGAAUUGAAGAAGAUGAAUGGCAUGACACAGCUUGAACCAGAUGAUUCUGAGUUUGUUGAAGUUGAUCCAACUGGCAGAUAUGGAAGAUACAAUGAAAUCCUCGGCAAAGGAGCUUCUAAGACAGUAUACAAAGCAUUUGAUGAAUACCAAGGGAUUGAGGUUGCUUGGAAUCAGGUCAAACUGUAUGAUUUCCUUCAAAGCCCUGAAGAUCUCGAGAGGCUGUACUGUGAAAUUCAUCUUCUCAAGACGUUGAAGCACAGAAACAUAAUGAAAUUUUACACUUCUUGGGUCGACACAGCAAAUAGGAAUAUCAACUUUGUCACAGAAAUGUUCACUUCUGGUACUCUUAGGCAGUAUAGGUUAAAGCACAAGAAAGUUGACAUCAAAGCAGUGAAGCAUUGGUGCAGACAGAUCCUGAGAGGACUACUCUAUCUUCAUAGCCAUGAUCCCCCAGUGAUUCAUAGAGAUCUCAAAUGUGAUAAUAUUUUUAUCAAUGGAAACCAAGGGGAAGUGAAGAUUGGAGAUCUUGGCUUGGCAGCGAUUCUUCGGAAAUCCCAUGCUGCUCGUUGUGUAGGAACACCUGAAUUCAUGGCACCAGAAGUGUAUGAAGAGGCAUAUAAUGAAUUAGUUGACAUAUAUUCGUUUGGUAUGUGUGUAUUAGAAAUGGUCACAUUUGAGUAUCCUUAUAGCGAAUGCAACCAUCCAGCACAAAUCUACAAGAAAGUUAUUUCUGGGAAAAAACCAGAUGCUCUGUAUAAAGUAAAGGAUCCAGAAGUGCGACAAUUUGUUGACAAAUGCUUGGCAACUGCGUCUCAUAGGCUCUCUGCAAGGGAGCUUCUAGAUGAUCCUUUUCUUCAACUUGAUGAUUAUGAAUAUGAUUGGGGACCGGUAGACAGUGGAUCUUUUAACGAAUUUGGUCCUCUCAUCGGUCAACCAUUCUUUGAUCGGAGCUAUAGUAACUUAAGUACUGAAUACUCAAAUGGGUUUUGGUAUGAAGGAGACUCGUAUUCUCAUCCUGCUGAGAUUGAACCUAGUGGAAUUGAACUUUUUGAAUGCCAUGAUGAUGAGCCCGCCAAAGAUGUCGACAUAAGCAUCAAAGGCAAGAGGAAAGAUGAUGGUGGCAUCUUUUUGAGACUAAGAAUUGCAGACAAAGAAGGCCGUAUUAGGAACAUUCAUUUCCCGUUUGACAUUGAGAUGGACACAGCAUUAAGUGUAGCAACGGAAAUGGUUGCGGAACUAGACAUUACUGAUCAGGAUGUUUCCAGAAUAGCAGAUAUGAUAGAUGGGGAAAUUGCUUCUUUGGUACCUGAAUGGAGGCCAGGGCCAGGAAUUGAGGAAACUACCCAUUUUGCAAAUCAAAAUUUCUGUAUCAAUUGCGUGUCUAAUCAUGCUUCUGGGGGCACUGAUAUGGACUUAAUGUCACAUAGCCAGGGUGGAAAUGGAAAGAACUUGCAGCUUCUUCAAUGCUGCAGGCAUGGAUGCGCUUCAAUGCACGGGCGGUUUGAGGAGAUUACCUUCCAAUCUGAGGAGUAUGACAACCAUGUUACAGAGGAUGCUCCUAACAUAUCAAGCCAAUCAGACUGCUUGCAGUAUCAGGAGUCAUGGAAUCAUCAUGAAAGCCGGGAACUUAGUCCGGUCGAGUCUGUUCGAAGCCAUUCUGAUGAUCAAUAUGAACACUUAGAUAAAUCAGCAUUAGCAGAAGAUAAAGGACAUGAUGUUUGGGAAAACAAUGUUGAGAAUGAGUAUGAGAAAGAGAUCCAACAAGAGCUGAGAUGGCUCAGAGCAAAAUACCAAAUGGAAUUAAUGGAACUGAAGGAUAAACAGCUUGGUCUUGCAGCUACAGCUGACAGAAAGCAGCAUAAAACAGAACAAGACUUUAUGGCACUUCCGCUGACAGAAACAGCAAAAGAGGAUCAUGGGAUUCAUUUGAAACCCUUUGGGAAUAACUGGAACUGUGAUUCUAGUUGUGAGUCUCAAGUCCAAAAGAGCCACCCCAAUUUGGACACCCAAAGGGCCCAAAAUUGUGAGGUGAUGUGUUCUCAUGGAGAAGGUAUGGUCACUGCUAAGAGUUUUUACACCGGCACUCUACACAGGACAGUUUCCCUUCCAGUUGAUGCUGUGGAUGUGUAAUUUAUAAGAUGCUCUCAUUGAAUUCUUCUGUAGAUUGUGUACAUUAUAUUCAUACACUUAUCUGAAUUCUGCAUGUGGACAAGUAGCCUUAGAGUACAAAACUGAGCAUAUGUUUCUCAUAGCGUGACCUUUUUCUAAGUUUUCAACAUUUAUUACAUUAUAAAAUCAUUCCCUUACUAAUUUACCAUAA